CACACUUGGUCCUGUGACUUUUCCCUGAGUUAACAUGGCUGCGGCCAGUGAGCCGCGGAGCCGCGCGUGAGGGGGAGGUGGCGAAGGUUUUCCGAGGCAUUGUCCGAAAUCCUUUCAGCGAUGGCGCUUCGCUCGCGGUUUUGGGAGUUACUGGUUUGCAGGAACCCGGAAAGGGGGUUUGCGGCGCUCUCGAGCACCUCUAAGCCGGCGGUGAAGCCUGAAGUGGAUCCUCUGGAAAAUGAAGCUGUUGCCUCGGAGUUCACCAACCGGAACCCCCGAAAUCUGGAGCUUUUAGGCGUAGCCCGGAAAGAGCGGGGUUGGGCGACCGUGUGGCCCUCGCGUGAGUUCUGGCACAGGUUGCGAGUUACAAGGACGCAGCAUCAUAUCGAAGCAUUUGUUGAGCAUUGCAAUGGCCAGGUUGUGGUUUCGGCAUCUACUCGUGAAUGGGCUAUUAAAAAGCACCUUUACAGCACCAGAAACGUGGUGGCUUGUGAGAGUGUAGGACGAGUUUUGGCAGAACGCUGCUUAGAGGCUGGGAUCCACUUCAUGGUCUACCAACCAACCCCUUGGGAGGCAGCUUCAGACUCGAUAAAACGACUACGAUGUGCCAUGACAGAAGGUGGUGUGGUGCUACAGGAACCUCGGAGAAUCUAUCAAUAAAAUAGAAGCAUUAAUUAUUGAAAGUAUAAAGUAAAACUGUCAGCUACUACAGCCAUCAAAAGAAAGCAUCUGGAAGAACACCGGCUGGGAAGUGUUGCCACAAUAAUGUGACAGAAAUGUUAUGAAUAGUAUUUAUACUAAUGGUCAUCCCGUUCAUUCCCCUACUCCUUGUGUUUGUAUUAAAACCAAGGGCUUAAUUUGCCCUCCUCUUGGACCUGAGGAAAGUAUGUAAGAAUUGUGUGAAAGUUAUAAAGUAAAGGUCUAUCAUGAACUCACCUC